UUCGGCAUGCCGGUCGGCGGCGGCCAGUUUGGUGGCGGCGGCGGUCCGCAGCCGAGCCCAUUCACUGCUCGGAUGGCCAGCCCGGGUUACCCGCCGGCCAGCCAGCCCCCAGCCGCUCAGGGUUACCCGGGCAGCCAGAGUGGCUACCCGAGCACCUCUGACGGCUACUCGACGGCCAACCACCAGGGCUACCCGGGUUCUCAGCAGGGGGCCGGCUACCCUCCGACGGACGGUAGCCAGUGGCCGGGCCAGGCCGGAGUCGACAGCGUGCCGGCUAUGAACGGCCCCGUCCUGGCGCCGUCGAGCGCCGACGUGUCGCUCGUCAGCGCUGGCCAGCAGCAGCAGCCGCAGCAGCCCCAGGCGAUGGGCACAUUCCAGCAGCAGCAGGCGGCGUCUCUGGGCCUGUCCAACGCCACUGGUGCCGUACCAAACAGCUCGUACCCGGGCCAGCUGCCGGCCGACCAGGUCCUCUCCGGCCUGAUGGUCUCCGCUCAGAUGGCCGCUGCGCAGACCAUGCCUGGCCACAUGCUGUCGGCCCAGCCGCUGCCCGGCCAGCUGGGCCCGGGCCAGCAGAGCGUCCCGACCUACCCGCCGGUGACGGGUCCACACCAGCUGUACCAGCAGCCGCAGCAGCAGCACCCGACCAGCAUGGCAGGCAGCGUGCGGCCGACCGGCGGCCAGGGCUCCUCCAUCAGCGGCAUGCUGGCCGACUUCAGCAGGGCGCUGGGUCUGGGCGGUCAGACGGACAAGUCGGUGCCUCGCUCGACGGCUCCGGUCUCGGCCGCCGGCUACAUGAGGCCCCAGGCGAGCUAUGGCCGGCCGCCGGUGUCGAUGGCGGCACCGAUGGCGGCGCCGGCGGACCCGGCGGCCGCCCUGGACCCGGCCUACGGCUACCCGUCCGGUCUGACCGCCGAGCAGGUCAUGUACCACCAGCAGAUGGCGGCGCACCACCAGGCGCAGCACCAGCGCAAACAGCGCCUGCUGCAGCACCAGCAGCCCAACACGGCCGGCGCGGCGCGACUCUACCAGGCCGUGCCGACCGCCUCGCUGCUGCCGGGGUCGACCGUCACAGCGAGCGCUCAAAUGAAGACGACCACGCCCAUCGUGCUGGUGGCCAAUCAAACGCCUGCUGUCAUGGCAACGCAGAUGACGUCUCACGUGGAGCCGAUUGUGAGGCGACAUCCAAUCACCGGAGACCUAAUUUAUACCAGUCCGGCACUCCCGUUGGCACUCCGGUCACUCCUGCCGGCACUCCCCGAGGCCUGCGCGAUGACUCGUCCGACACGAUGA